GCGGAGUCCGGGGAGAGCGGAGGCGCAGGCAGCGGCCGAGCGGAGCGGACGCGCCCCAUGGGGAACACGCUGACCUGUUGCGUGUCCCCCAAUGCCAGCCCCAAGCUGGGCCGGCGUACGGGGCCGGCGGAGCCCGACUACGAGUCCGAGACCUACGAGGCGGCGGCCGGGGACGCGGUGGCGGUAGCGCCGACGCCCGCUGCUGCCGUGGAGCCCUCCGAGUUGGAUUUCGGAGCCGGCGAGGGGCACCACCUGCAGCACAUCAGCGACCGAGAGAUGCCCGAAGAUUUAGCUUUGGAAUCAAAUCCUUCUGACCACCCCAGGGCAAGCACAAUUUUCCUCAGCAAAUCUCAGACAGAUGUGCGUGAAAAGAGGAAGAGCAACCAUUUAAACCAUGUAUCUCCAGGGCACCUUACUAAAAAGUAUAGCUCAUGCUCAACAAUAUUUCUAGAUGACAGCACAGUCAGCCAGCCUAACCUUAGAACCACAAUAAAAUGUGUGACCUUAGCAAUAUAUUACCACAUAAAGAACAGGGAUGCAAAUAGAUCCCUGGACAUUUUUGAUGAGAGAUCACAUCCACUCACAAGAGAGAAAGUUCCAGAGGAGUACUUUAAGCAUGACCCUGAACACAAAUUUAUUUACAGAUUUGUCCGUACACUUUUUAGCGCUGCACAGCUGACAGCAGAAUGUGCAAUAGUGACGUUGGUUUACUUGGAGAGACUCUUAACUUACGCUGAGAUUGACAUUUGUCCCACUAACUGGAAAAGAAUUGUUUUGGGAGCCAUUCUUCUUGCCUCUAAGGUGUGGGAUGACCAGGCUGUAUGGAAUGUGGACUACUGCCAGAUCCUCAAGGACAUCACCGUUGAGGACAUGAAUGAGAUGGAAAGGCAUUUCUUGGAGCUACUCCAGUUCAAUAUUAACGUUCCUGCCAGUGUUUAUGCCAAAUACUACUUUGACCUUCGCUCCUUAGCAGAUGACAACAACCUGAAUUUUCUGUUUGCUCCUCUCAGCAAAGAAAGAGCACAGAACCUAGAGGCCAUUUCAAGAUUGUGUGAAGACAAAUACAAGGACUUGUGUAGAGCCGCGGUGAGAAGAUCUUUAAGCGCUGAUAAUUUCAUUGCUGUCCGGCGCUCUAACGCCAUCCUCUCGUAAGAGAGCCCCGAGGAGUGAGAGCACCAGGCUCCUCAUUGACAAAGACUGCAGAAAGAUCCCCUCUCCCGGCCAGAGACCUGCAGGGGGACUCCAGCCAAUGGAAAGAACUCAGUCUGGACAGUGAAUGCUGACUCCAUAGGAAAGAAUGGGACCUUGUCAAAGCAACCACUCUCUGUCCUUUGUAAUGUAAAGUUACAAAAACCACUCCAAAGCAAAAGCUCUGACCACACACAGAUAUUGCUUACCAUGUAGGCUGAUGGCUGUGAAAUAUGUGAGGUUUUUAAAUUGUUUCAACUUUUAGACUUUUGUUUGAGACAGGGUCUUAUGUAGCCUAGGCUGGCCUCAAACUCAAUAUAUGACUGAGGCUGGCUUUGAACUCCUAAUCUUCCUGCCUCUACCUCCCAAAUGCUGGGAUUCCCAUGCCUGGCUCAGAUUUUUAGACUUUAAAGACACUAACCAUAUA